UGUUAAUAAAGGUUUGCCCUUUUGCAUCGGAUAUCUUAUUACAGAGAAUAAAAGUGUCCAAGAAAUAUUUUACGAAAUACACAUCCGUCGAUCACGGCGACGUUCUCCACGCUUCCAUGCUUGUUACGCGACGAAUGUUUCUAUGUACGUGUACAAUGUUAACCUGAUAGCCUGCGAAUUGCUGUGCGGCGAAUCGCGCCAUGUAGGAGUAUAAUGGGGUUCAUCUCUUGUCUAGUCAGGGUUAUAAAUAAAUAAAUUUGUCAUUUAGUCAUUUCACUCUUAUCGCUGUGAAUACGUAAGAUACCUUCUUUUUUGUUCAUCGAGAGCCCGAACGAGCGGACGGAAUUAAUAAUGAUUUCCAUAGAUACGUCAAAAGACGAUAAUUAAAUGUAUGAUGCGAUCGUCCAUAUUAAUGUGUUACCAUCGAUUGCUAUUAUUAUUACUUGUCAUUAUUAUCGAAUGCAAAUUAUUAUGAUUGCGACUAUUAUUAUCUAUUAGUUACUCACUACAGCUAUAUAAUACCUUUGUAAAUGAGAAUCAAGACACACUGAGGGCUAGGGAAAAGAGAAACUUAAUAAAUUGAAAUUCUAUUAACCCAAAGGCGUUUGACUGUUAUUUAAGUGUAUUUAUUUUAUUCCCAACAGCGAUGAAAAAACAUUAAAGAAAUAAAGAAAGAAAAGGUCGCAGCGUACAUAACACAAAACUUCGUUGCAUAUAAGUCUUAUAUACCCGUCUUCAACGAUGUUAUCGAAAACUAAACACUCAGUAAUUCUCAUUUUUUCCAAGCGAAAGUCUCAUAUUGCUGAGAAAAUAGGAUCCACUUGGUCCAUAAUAUCGAAGAACUUUCAAGAAAAUAAUAGUGUUUCAAAAUCGUUUACGAAACGACCUACCAUGUCUAAGACCAAGGACAUUACCAAGCUGUCGACUGAACAAUUGCAAAAGUUUCUAACAUCCUUUGACACAGUGAUGUGCGACAUCGACGGAGUCCUAUGGCAAGUCGAUAAACCAGUUGAAGGUGCUUCGGAGUCUUUAAAGAUAUUACAAAAGCUGGGAAAACAAGUAUAUCUAAUAACAAAUAAUAGCAGCAAGACAUCAGAAAAUUUCUAUAAAAGCCCUCAAUGUAUCAGUUUAAAUUUAAGUUCAGACCAUAUAAUCAACCCUAUAAAAUCUAUUAUUUGGUAUUUGAAGAAAAUUGAUUUCCGCGACGAAGUUUUUGCCAUUGUUUCCAGUUUCUCUCGGAAAAAUUUCAGAGAGGCAGGAAUACGAUUAACGGAGCAACCAAAUGUUUCGGAAACAAAUCCAUCUGCAACUAUAAAAGAGGUCUUGGAUCGACCAUCCGUCAAAGCUGUAAUUGUUGAUUUUGAUAUCAAUUGGAACUGGUCAAUGCUAGCUUUGGCUAUAUCGUGUCUCAAACGUAAGGAUGUACUGUAUAUAGCAGGACCAGCAGACCAAUGGUUCCAAGUACAAGCAUUACCUCAAAUUAAAAUCUUGGGUCCUGGACCGUUGCUGAACGUUAUCAGCGCGCAGAGUGGAAGACAGCCGAUUUCAUGUGCUAAACCUAGUCAAAACUUAAAAGAUUAUAUCUUAGAUAAAUGCAACGUGACGAAUCUGAAAAGAUGUUUAUUCAUUGGUGACACGGUUAAUCAAGAUAUGAAGUUUGCCUCGAUGUGCGGAUUCACAAAACUUUUUGUCGGUACGGGAUGUGAUACAUUGGAGCAGGCACAAAAAGAAGAUGAUACCCAUCCGGACUAUUAUAUUUCUAGUUUAGGUCAACUAUUUUCCGACUUAACGGUUAAAAAUGUCAACGUAUCGUCAAUCACAAAGAUAGUUGAUAGUUCAUGUCCAGAUAGAGAAAAAAUUAAUAAUUAAUGACAAAUAUAAUCAGUCGCUUAAAUUGGUAAUGCUAAUUAUAAAUAAUUAUGUAUAUUAGUUAAUAUAUUGGAACGUUAUUGUGGAAUUAUAUCACAAAUCGCAUUUUAA